AUGCUUGCUGUCCGGACCUGGGGUGCAAGAGCGCUGCGAGUUUCUCCACGCCGUUUCAAAACCUACGCUACCAACGUCCAAUCUUUGGAAGACUUAGCAAAGCUCAAUUCUCUUGACGAUGUUGAUCCAGAACUGGUGAGAAGACUGAUAAACGAAAGAACCAAUCAACUGAAUACCCAGAAUGAGCUUGACAUGCUCAAGCAAAUGCAGACCGAGGAAAAACAGGGGCAGCAGAUGGCAUUGAAGAAAUUUGUUCGGCCCAUGUGGAUUUUCUUGCUGAUGAGUUCGUUCUUUUACUUAGGAGGCCAUUACAUCUGGUGGAAACUUGAGUACGAUGAACGGGAGAUAGAGUUGAACAAACAAGUACAAGAUCUACGAAUGGAGCUGGACGAGGCAAUUGAGCUGAAAAAAAUACCUUGGCUCCCGCAGAUCAAAGCUCUCAAAGUAGCUCGACAAAGACUGCUAAAAAAUGGUACUAUGCAUGGCUCUGGUAGCGAUUGCCUGGUGCACACCUGCGUACUAAAUCAAAACUAUUUGAAUGAGCGUAUGUACGUAAAAACCGUUUACUUUACCAUUACCGCAAGAUGUCUAAAAUUUACUAUUCUUCAACAAUAUGCAUUCCCCAUGCUCCGUAGGCAAUUCGUAGAUUUGCAGAAUUCCGUCGCCGCCUGCUAG